UUAACAGUGAGGACUGCAGGACGCAGACUACACACGUACAGGAGUUCAGAAAGGCGUCAUGCUGCUCCUUCAGAUUCAGGAAGGUGUCGAGGCGGAGGGAAGUCCUGCGGUUCCUCUCUCUACCUCAGGAGACGUCCUUCUGUUCCUCUCUCUAAUUUCUGGAGGAGAGGUCCUGCUGUUCCUCUCUCUACCUUCACGGAAGGCGGAUCCAUCUCGUUUCACAUCCACCGUUUGAAGACUAGAACCAGUAGCAGGUUGACAGCAGGACCGAGAAGCUGCGCGUCCAUGUUGGUCGGUGAAAGAAGUCAGAAGGUCUGCUCAGAAGAAGGCGGUGGAGGUCUAAUAACCAUGAUAUGAUCGACGGAGGUAACGUCCGCUUAUGAGCUCAUGUUCCAAUCCCUCGUAAUGCUGAUCCUCCAGGCGUCACCUCGUCCUAGCGUUGAGCACCCGCUAUAAGGUCGCAUGGAGCGACUCGGGGUCCUCCUGGUGGCCAGCUGCCAGGAGAACCAGGAGAGCCCGGAGCUGAGGAGGAGGAGGCGCUGGGCCAGACUGUUCGAUCAGCUGGACCUCAAUAAGGAUGGACGGAUCGAUCUACGUGAGCUGCGGGUUGGCCUGGCAAAGCGAGGGGUGUCCCGGAGCUCCGUGGAUAAGGUCGUCCUCGCCGGGGACACCAACCAGGACGGGGAGCUGGACUUUGAGGAGUUCAGCCGCUACCUCCACACCCACGAGAAGCAACUCAGACUCCUGUUCAGCAACCUGGACCGCAACCACGACGGUGAAAUCGACGCAGCAGAGAUCCAACACUCUCUGCGCUCCAUCGGUCUGGACGUCAGCCGCCAGGAGGCAGAGCGGAUUCUGAGCAGUAUGGACAGAGACGGGACCAUGACGAUAGACUGGGCCGAGUGGCGCGACCACUUCCUGUUCAACCCACUUCACAACAUGGAGGACGUGGCCCGCUACUGGAGACACACCAUGAUCCUGGACACCGGAGAGCAGCUGCGGAUCCCGGAGGAGCUGUCGGAUCAGAGCAGGUCCUCUGUGUGGCGGCAGCUGGCCUCCGGGGGGCUGGCGGGGGCCGUGUCCCGGACCAGCACCGCGCCCCUGGACCGGCUCAAGGUCUUCCUCCAGGUCCACGGCUCCUUCCCCGGGACGAGCUCGGUGGGGAACAGCUUCCAGUCCAUGGUGAGGGAGGGGGGGCUGGGCUCGCUGUGGAGGGGCAACGGGAUCAACGUCCUGAAGAUGGCCCCCGAGACCGCCAUCAAGUUCACCGUCUACGAGCAGAUCAAAGGCCUUCUGGGAGGAAGUGACGCCAGCGGACACCUGAAGCUUCAGGAGAGGUUUAUAGCUGGCUCACUGGCUGGAGCCAUCGCCCAGACCGCCAUCUACCCACUAGAGGUCCUGAAGACACGGCUGACGCUGAGGGCCACGGGCCAGUUCUCGGGGGUGGCGGACUGCGUCUCCCAGCUGCUGCGGAGGGAGGGCGUCUGGGCCUUCUACCGGGGCUACGUCCCCAACCUGCUGGCCAUCGCCCCGGCUGCAGGCAUCGACCUGGCCGUCUACGAGUCUCUGAAGAACUCGUGGAUCAGCAGGAACUCGGCCUCCGGGCCCCCCGGGGUCCUGGUUCUGGUCAGCUGCGGGGCGCUGUCCAGCACCUGUGGCCAGCUGGCCAGCUACCCGCUCGCCCUGGUCAAGACACGCAUGCAGGCCCAAGCCGCGGAGGGAGGAGGCCCCCGUCCCUCCAUGACCGCCCUGUUCCACAGCAUCCUGGCCCAGGAGGGCGUGGCCGGGCUGUACCGCGGCCUCUCCCCAAAUCUGCUCAAAGUCAUUCCCGCCGUCAGCAUCUCCUACGUGGUCUACGAGUACAUGAGGCGCGGCAUAGAGAACGGGUUCCUCUAGCACCAGGAACCAUAGAGAACGGGUUCCUCUAGCACCAGGAACCAUAGAGAACUGUUCCUCUAGCACCAGGAGCCAUGGAGAACGGGUUCCUCUAGCACCAGGAACCAUGGAGAACUGUUCCUCUAGCACCAGGAACCAUAGAGAACUGUUCCUCUAGCACCAGGAACCAUAGAGAACGGGUUCCUCUAGCACCAGGAACCAUAGAGAACGGGUUCCUCUAGCACCAGGAACCAUGGAGAACUGUUCCUCUAGCACCAGGAACCAUAGAGAACGGGUUCCUCUAGCACCAGGAACCAUAGAGAACUGUUCCUCUAGCACCAGGAGCCAUGGAGAACUGUUCCUCUAGCACCAGGAACCAUAGAGAACGGGUUCCUCUAGCACCAGGAACCAUAGAGAACGGGUUCCUCUAGCACCAGGAACCAUGGAGAACUGUUCCUCUAGCACCAGGAACCAUGGAGAACGGGUUCCUCUAGCACCAGGAACCAUAGAGAACGGGUUCCUCUAGCACCAGGAACCAUGGAGAACUGUUCCUCUAGCACCAGGAACCAUAGAGAACUGUUCCUCUAGCACCAGGAACCAUGGAGAACUGUUCCUCUAGCACCAGGAACCAUAGAGAACUGUUCCUCUUGCACCAGGAACCAUGGAGAACUGUUCCUCUAGCACCAGGAACCAUAGAGAACGGGUUCCUCUAGCACCAGGAACCAUGGAGAACUGUUCCUCUAGCACCAGGAACCAUGGAGAACGGGUUCCUCUAGCACCAGGAACCAUAGAGAACGGGUUCCUCUAGCACCAGGAGCCAUAGAGAACUGUUCCUCUAGCACCAGGAACCAUAGAGAACGGGUUCCUCUAGCACCAGGAACCAUGGAGAACGGGUUCCUCUAGCACCAGGAACCAUAGAGAACGGGUUCCUCUAGCACCAGGAACCAUGGAGAACGGGUUCCUCUAGCACCAGGAACCAUAGAGAACGGGUUCCUCAACACCAGGGGGCCGUAGAGAACCCACCUCAACCUGGGGAUGGAGUCUCUGUCCUGACCUUCAGACAACAUCACUGGUCCAUAAAGGACUGUUGCUGCUCGCUGUUCUGCUAAAGCUUUGCUUUAUUCAUUUACAUUUACAUUUAGGGCAUUUAGCAGCCGCUUUUAUCCGAAGCGACUUACAAUAAGUUAAUUUGUCACAAGAAGUGAAACAAUAUAUAGCUGUCAGUACAGUAAAGAUGUUCAAAGAACCAAUUACAAGUACAAACAAUCGCUAGGCUAACCCAUGCCCCGUGUACAGCAGUGAUAGCAGCUACUGCAGAUGCUACACAAUUAAAACACAAUUAUUCAAUAUCAUUGAUAGGCCUAUUCAUAGUGUGUACACUUUUAUUUAUAAAAUCAUACAUACCCUGGUUACAAUUGGUUUGCAAAGAGACUGAUGACUUUGUUUCCUAUUCAUAUUUAGAAUAUAAUAGAUUUAUGAUAAAGUGCCAUAUUGCCACAUGAUUGAUGUAGGCCAGCUCUCAGGAAUAAAUCUACCGUUAUAUUUGUAUCAAAUGUGAUUUUCUGCUACCUAAUAAAACAGCAAUAUUGUGA